CUCCACUUCCCCCAAAACAAUCAAACUCAUAUAAUCAGCUCUCUCCCUAUCUCUCUCCUUGCUCCACAGGCAUUUCCAGCAAAAUAACUCAUUCCAGAGCACCUGUUCAAAGACCUCUGAUGGCACAUCAAAGAAUCGAGAUGGGUUUGGUCUUCGCCUUAGUGACCAUUCUCUGGGCAAGAGCCACUGCACAGUCGAACGAUUGCACGAACGAGAUAAUUAGCAUGUCUCCCUGCCUCAACUACAUCAAUGGUAACUCCUCGACCCCAUCUUCAGGGUGCUGCACACAGCUUUCCAGCAUUGUCCGUUCAAAGCCACAGUGCUUGUGUGCGGUCCUAAAUGGUGGAGGCUCAUCCCUGGGGCUUAACAUCAACCAAACUCAGGCUCUGGCAUUACCUGGUGCUUGCAAUGUUCAGACUCCACCCCCAAGUCGCUGCAAUGCUGCUUCUCCAACUGACUCUCCAAAGGGAACUCCAGAAACUGAAAAGACAGAACCAUCAGGACGAGGAUCUAACACGGUACCAUCAACAGACAAUGGUUCAUCAGAUGCAAGUUCUACCAAGUUAGCAGCUCCACUGCUCUUCUUUGUCCUAUUCGUUGCAUCAUACGCUUCGACCUCCACCAUGUGCUGA